CAACAGCAAACGCGAUGGGCGCUAAAUAACAAGAUAGAGGAGCUGUCAAACAAAGCGAACAAUUUACUGAAGAAUGAGAGAUAUGGAGUGUGCCAAAACAUUAAAAAGUUCAUUUCAGGCACAAACAGCUGCAACAGCAGUGACGUUGCAAAGUGCGAGUCUUGCUUGAGCACUGUAAAUGACACUUUGAACAGUGCGUCUGAUUUACUGUCAUUGAUCGAUAGCAAACGUAAGGAGCUGUUUUCAGAGGACCACACUCUAAAGUCAUUUGCAGGCGAUGAGUUGGCCUAUUUAGAAGAAGCACAUAGGCGAAUCACUACACUGCAC